AUGUCGCGAUGCGCCGAGAGGCAAGACCCAAAUCAGGCCGUCUUCGCUGAAUUAUCGAGCUCGAACGGCCUGUCAAAGGAAACGCUCAAGAACAAGAAAGAAGAGGUUUUGCGAUUGGAGCUUUUCUUUAAUGAAGUCAAUUGUUUGCCGCACUUGGCGCAAUUUUCAAAUCUUUCGCAAGUGAUUUUCUUCGGAACAGACAUUUCUCACAUGGACAAAAUCGAUUUCAACCCGAGCCUCAACGAGUUGUGGCUUUGCGAGUCACGCCUCAAGCGCAUCCCCAAAUUGACAAACUGCGAGUCGCUCCAGGUUUUGUAUGUUUACGGAAACCAGAUCAGCCGAGUGGAAAAUUUGGAUCAUCUCUCGCGCCUUGAAUUCUUGUCCCUCGCUCAAAAUCAGCUCACAUCAACGAGGGGCUUUGAAAAGCUCGCGGAACUCAGCGACCUAAACAUUGGAGCGAACGACAUAAAAUUUAUUGGAGAAGAAAUUAGGUUAAACAAGAAACUUUCGAAGCUGGACAUUUCCGGGAAUCCGAUCGAGAGCGUUGUCCAAUUGAGUCCCCUAGCAUAUCUCAACCUGCAAGAACUCAACAUAAGCAACCCACUGUAUCCACAAUCGCCGCUCUGUCGACAGCAGAAUUAUCAGCUUCAGAUAUUUUACACAUUACAAUCACUCAGAUUCCUCAAUGGAGAAGAAAUUCCGAAAGAUAUGACAGCAGAAGCGGUCAAGAUUUUAAGCAGAAAACAUUCUUUCUAUCGAAUGAAGAAACGCAUUCUCAGGAGGACUCUUCCCAGUAUUAUAAAAGGUAUACAAAAAAUUGCACAGAAAAGACUCGCGGUCCCGCUUUCCUCACGCCGCGAGUUGCAAGCCGAGCUUUAUCGCCUUGAGAGCAUCUUUAUUGAAAACAACGAAGAGAACACUGUCUACGAAGCGCGAAUCAAAAACAAAAUUAAGCAUCUUACCGAUCGGCUGGAGCACUGGGAGAACGUCUACAAAAGGAUAAAAUUCGAAGAAAAACGUGCGAUACAGUCAGUGAGAGAUAAAUUCCAAGUGGACGAAGAAUUACUGAGACUGGAGCUGCAGUCCGGCGGGAACUUACGAUUUGAGGAUAUUUAUGAGCCGGAAGAAGAGGACGGAAAAGAACCGAGUCAGGUCAAACAAAUUUGGAAUCAGAUGGAAAAUCUUCUGACUAAAACAGUGAGCGAAGUACGCAUGGAUAAAAGAAAGUCAGCUUUGGGCGUUGAAAACUUCAAGCUGAAUAGAAUCACGAAAAUUUUCCAUCGGCCAAAGAGGCUUGCUUUUGAUGAAGAGCUUGAUGAGGUCAAUGAGACUUCUCAGUUUGUCAUUCCUCAGACUUACGCCUUCGUCCAAUCUGAUCCGAGCGACAUCGAAAAGACCACCGAACUCAUUGAGAACGGCUGCUCAAAAGACAACCUUGUUCUCUGCACUUCACCAUUCGACGCUGAUGUCCGCUUUCAUAAAAACUACAAUAAAUCAGAAGCCAUCUCGACCGCACAACUCAUCGUUUGCCGCGCUUAUAUGGGCAAGAGCACUCCAAUGACAACUUCUACAAACGAAAAAGUCAAUCCAAGGCAUUUUUCACACAGCGACUCGGUCUAUGAAGAUACGAAAAGCGGGAGAAAAUUUACGCUCUUUGACUCCAACUAUUUAUGUCCAGAGUAUCUCAUCGAUAUUGAGUAUGUUAACCAGUCACAUUUAAUCAAAUCAAUACCACUGACAGAAGCAGAGAAGCAAACGUACGCCGAGACACCCGUCAGAACACUCCAGGACGAAGAUAAAGACCUGUCCGCGUUGAGCUGCGCUCCAAUAACACUGGACAAUGCUCCAACGAUACUUGAGCUUAUUCCAUUCGAGACGUCUGCGCUUACUGAUCUGUCCCUGGUCGGAUUAAACUUGUCGGAGUUACCGAACUUGACCACUGUGCCGAAUCUACAUGUACUCAAUCUAGCGUGCAACAAAUUGACGAGCAUUGGAAAGAGCAUCAGAAACUUACGACAUUUGCGAAGCUUGAACCUCUCUGUAAACGAAAUCACUUCCGUGGAUCUUCCUGAGCUGAAAAAUGUAACGAUGCUUGACCUGAGCUGGAAUCGCCUUCGCCAGUAUGCAUCUCUUAUCAAUCAUCUGAGAAAGAAGACGCCGUGCUUAGAAUCUCUUUCACUCGACUGGAACGCGAUAACUUACGACGAUGCGAUUCUUGUGCAUGCGCUCACUAAACUCACGCAGCUGAGCAUUUUCAAUGGAAAGAGAAUCACUUCAGAGAAUAGAGCCGCGGCACAGAAGCUCAUCCUCUCCUCUGAAAUGGUCCAGCGCCUGGGAAGAAGCGGUGAAAUGAAUAGUUACGCAGAUCUGGCGAAUGCAGCAAGGUUCUUGAGAGAUUUCGGACACCCAGAAAAUAUUGGAACGAAGAUCACCUCGCUAUGUAUAGACGAACUGGGCUUAGUUAACAUUUCAAUGCUUCGGAAUCUCGCGAACUUAAAGUUUCUCUCAGCGCGCGACAACAAAAUAUCAGAUGUCUCAGUUCUUCUUUCUUGCACGAAAUUGCGUCAGAUUGAUCUUGGGAACAACGAGAUCUCGUCAAUCAACAAGAUUCUCAAUAAUCUUCCGUUCAUUCAAGAUCUCGACAUUUCAUUCAAUUCAGUAGAGGACAUCAAUGUCGAGUCAACUCUUCAAGCAUUGAAAUCAAUCAACGCCAGUGGAAAUCGUCUUACUUCGAUCAAAUCUUUCCGAAAUCUCACAAACGUCAUUGAAAUCUAUUUGUCCCAUAACAAACUUGGCGAUGCGAACGAGUUGGCGCACUUGAAAAUCUGUGAGAAGCUAGAAGUUCUGGACAUUGAAGGAAAUCCGCUGUCAUCGAAGGAAGAUUGUAACUUGUUUAUACUGUUCCAUCUUCAGCAGCUCAAGUCGCUCAAUGGGCUACCUGUUCGGCUCAAAGACAUCGCGAGAGCAUCGGAUAUCUUUGGCGGACGAUUGACAAAUGAUUUCUUGAUCGAAAAAUUUGGCUACAUAAAUGGGCAAGCGACAGUGAAUUUGAAAGAGAUCGAUGAUCUGGACCUUCAAGAAUGCGAGAUUCGAUCAGUUCACCUGGAUGUCUCCCAGCUCAUCAGUUUGACAUCUUUAAACUUGAUCGGAAAUCAGCUUGUCCACUUCUCUGGUCUGGUCGAACUCAAGUUGUUGAAAACGCUUUGUCUGAGCAAAAACAACAUUGAGUCCGUCUUCCCACUAACGAAGCAGCAGCGCAAUCAGAUGACCCGUUCUCAGUACAGUCAAGCCGGUCAAUCCAAAGCUGACUCCUACUUGAUCAAAGAAACAGAAAGCAUAAUGCCGAGUCUGGAAGUUCUUCAUUUGGGCUCGAAUAAGAUCAAAGACAUGACGCUCUUGCAGCUUCACAGGUUUCCUUCCUUGCGAUCGCUUUUCUUGGAAUCGAACGAUAUCAUGAAAGUUGACGGAUUAGACGGCUGCUCAAACUUGAGACAUUUGGUGCUGGACAAGAAUCGAAUCAAAAACAUUGACCAGACGAGCUUUCAAUCAAUGUGGCGACUGGAAGAGCUUCACAUGGACUCCAACCGCGUUUCUGAUCUGAACCAUCUGCGCGCGCUAGUCAAUCUCAAGAGACUGUACCUCGGCGUUAACAGAAUCGCGGAAGUUGAAGAAAUCACCAAACUUCGACCUCUGACGCAUCUCAAAGAAAUUUCAAUGAUUGGAAAUGGUGUCUCGCGAAGAAUGCUUCACCGUCCUUGUCUGAUUUGGCACGUGCCAAGCAUCGAAAACAUUGAUGGGAUCAAAGUCUCGAGGGAGGAACGCUUCAAUGCUGAGAGCUACUUCAUGGAACAAGGCCAUGAGAGAGCGUACCACAUCUUUGAUCAGCAAGUCGAUGUCAGCUACAGUAACUCGAAGACGAGCGGUUCCUCGCACAUCAUGUACAAGGGCGAUAAGAUCACUCCGUCGGAAAGCUUCUUCAAAAAGUAA